UUUCUCAGGGAACUGAACGGGUGUCUAGAGGUUCUUCAGAGGGUUCCACAAUAGUGCCUUGAGAAUUUUUUCAUUUUUACCAUUUAACUUCAUACUAAUAAAUAAACAAUCAAGUUCGAACUGUUGAAAUGUAUGUAAAUAUGCACUCAUUUACAUUUCAGUCCAGACUCACCAGAUGUCUUCAGAGUCCACGACCCUCUGCAGUUGUCAAGGUGGUUUGAAGGAGCAAAGCAAAAACUGUUGCAAAAACUACUUCAGAACAAAAUAUCCAAGACCCUACAGAACAUUCUGUGCAAUGAGGAGCAAUAUAGACCUAAUGGGGACACAAUAGGUGAAGAAGCUUUCAUCAGAUUACACCUUGAUGUCAUUCAGUGUCUCAAUGCUGUUAUAAUAAAUGCAAAAGAAUUUAGUUUGAUCUUGAUGCACGAGGUUCAAAAAAUCUGCUGUGAAGAGCUUCAUAGUUUUGUUCAGAUGUAUGUGCAUGCAGAGAAAAAACACAUAGAAAAACUGCAAGCCCCGAAGCCAGAAAACUCUGUGUAUCUUUUUUGGCUAAUCAACACCUGUAGGCAACUCAGAUUUUUUGCUACCCAAAUCAACAAUCUGGAUAUAAUUAACGGGGAUGACCUCAAAGACACGGUCAUUUUGUUAAAGAAGAUGGAAGAUUGCGUGUUAUCUAUUGUACAAAAGAUGAUGACACACAUUGCACAGGACAAUUUAAAAAGUGAUUUAAAAAAAGAGGUUAAGCAUAUUCAUAACCUGACAGAGGCAAUCCUAAAGCAGUGUGCAUCUAUACCCCAGACCUAUAUGGGAAAGGAGAGCCAAACGAUCAUUGUAAAUAUAGCUUAUGACUGUGUUUCCCAUGUCUACCUGGAUUGCCUCAUGAUGAUCAAGUUUAAACGGCUAAAAAAGAGAUGGGGGAAUGUUGAAGAAAGGAUAAAAGACAAUGUUCUCUAUUUUCACAACACAUUCGCUGAAUGGAAUGGACCGCAGAACCAGCUCCUUAAAAGAAUGAGUGAAGUGUUGUUGCACAGUGAUACAGAGGCAAUGAAACUUACCUGUGCUGGUUUGUUCAAAGACUUUCCAGAGGACAGCAAGCAGUAUUUACCUGGUUUGCUGCGUUGGAAGGGGGUGUUGUCUGAGCAAAAGGUGAGGGAAGUACUGGAUGCAAGCCAACAAGCAUGUCCAAAUCCUGGAUAUGUCAGUCAACAUCCCCUGAUGGGCCUAUGUUGUCUUCGUUGUGAAUAACAAAGCACCUUCGGUCAGCUUUCUUCCAAAUUUGUUUACAAGUGUAGUUUAAGUGAUGGCAUGACUGUUUGCAGUUUCAUUCCAGUUAUGAACUUGACUUACUGUUAUUUUUUUACCGGUAUUUUUUGCUGCUAAUACAGCUAUAGAGACAGACCUAUAGCAAUAUGGGCUAAAAAAAACUAUCUACUGCAAAUGCAUUUAUCUCAUGAAAACAAAAAUGAUGUGUAAUUUUUUAUGCUGUAAAUUCCUUUCUGAUAAACAUUUUA